AUGGAAAAAUACCAAGAGCAGCAAAGAACGCUCUACAUCGCAUAUAUCGAUUACAAAAAAGCUUUUAAUAGCGUGUCACAUUCAAGCAUAUGGACCGCCCUGCAAGCUCAAAAAGUUGAACAAGAGUAUAUAGAUAUAAUCAAAAAUAUUUACAAAGGUAGCACAGCAAAAAUAAAACUAGAAUCCACUGGUCCUACGUUCUCCAUCGAAAGAGGCGUAAAACAAGGCGACCCGCUGUCUCCAAAAUUAUUUAUAUCUAUCCUAGAGUCAAUAAUAAAAAGAUUCAACUGGGAAAAGACAGGACUAAAUAUCAAUGGCAAUUAUUUAUCCCACCUACGCUUCGCAGAUGACUUAGUUUUGCUGUCAGAAUCUAGCACACAAUUACAAAACAUGAUCGAUUCACUAAACACAGCUAGCAAGCAGGUAGGACUAGAAACUAAUCUUUCGAAAACAAUGGUCAUGACAAAUAGUAUACAGAGAAGAAUAUCAGUGGACAAUGAAACUUUGAAAUAUACAGAGAAAUACAUAUACCUUGGAAAACAAAUUGGCUUCAACAGAAAACAUAAUGAACUAGAAGUAGAACGAAGAGUUCAAAAUACUUGGAACAAGUACUGGUCCUUAAAAGAGAUAUUCAAAAGUAACAUGCCAACAAAUAUCAAAACAAAAGUAAUGAUGUCAUGCCUCCUACCUUGUCUAACUUGGAAAUUUACAUCCAAAUUAAAAAGCAAAAUCACGACCUGCCAACGCGGAAUAGAACGAAGUAUGCUCAACAUUAAAAAGAUUCAAAAAAUUCGUCACACAAAAAUUAGAGAAACCACCAAAGCGACGGAUGCUCUAACCUACGCUAAAAGACUAAAAUGGAAGUGGGCUGGACACGUAGCGAGACUAAAGGACGAGAGAUGGACCACCAGGGUAACAACGUGGAAGGGUCCAAUCGGCAAACGUCUCAAAGGCAGACCCCACACGAGAUGGGCAGACGAUUUGAUAAAAACAGCUGGUACCUGCUGGCCGCAAAUAGCUCAAGAUAGAGACACAUGGAAUUCUUUAGAGGAGGCCUUCACCUUCACUUGA